CAUCAUGGCCUCUUCGUCAUCUGCGGCUGCUUCACAACAGCAGCACGAGACGGUCCCGGACGACCAUUACCGCGUGACGUACGAGGAGAUCCAUGAGCAGAUCAGCCGGUCUGCGCGAUUGAUGAGGGACCAAUUUCGGCCCGACGUGCUAGUUCCCAUCAUGGGCGGCGGAAUGAUCCCGGCCCGCGUGCUUCGCACUUUCCUCAAGGUGCCCUCGGAGGUGGACAGCUCCAAGAAACGCAACAUCCCCAUCCAAGCCAUCGGCCUUGCUCUCUACGAGGAAGUGGCAGGCACCUCCGCCGAGUCCAUGGGUCGCGAGGUGAUCCGCACCCAAUGGCUCGACGAGGGAACAUUCAAGCGUUCUCACCACGCCAAACAACCCUCCCCAUCAGGAGCAGGAGCGGCGGGUGGUCUACUGGGCAAGAACAUCCUCAUAGUAGACGAGGUAGACGACACGCGCACCACGCUGCAAUACGCGUAUCAGGAGCUUCUCGCCGACGUGCAAAAGGGCCUCGCCGCCCUCGACCCUGCUCAACGUGCUGCUCUGCCCCCUACCCGGUUCGCCAUCUUCGUCGUUCACAAUAAGCAUCGCGAGGGAGGAAAGAAGGGCGUCUUGCCGCUCAUGGCAGGGCAGGGGGAGGGGUGGAAGUUGGAGGACCAGAAAGUCGGGCAAGACGGGGUGGGAGAGGGAGUUUGGUAUUACUCGGCCGAUGAGACGGGAGAUUGUUGGGUCGAUUAUCCGUGGGAGACGGAGGACAUUCUCGAGCAUAAUCGUCUUGCGACGCUGGCAAAGAAGCUGGGCGUGAAUACGGGGAGGCCACCUGUCAAGGAGACGUGAUGAAGCGCAGCGUGGGCGCGAUGAGCAAUGAGAUGAGAAAGUAAACGUGCAGCGUGUGGUGAUGUGGAGUCAUCUAUGAUUACAGAGUGAAGUAGCCAAAUUGGGGGAAAUACGCCAGCGCUCAACGCUGCUAUGCCUUGGCCUUUUCGUUAUUGCUUCCUUCACUUGCCGGCACCUCAGCGAGUGCCUUGAGCAGGUCC